GCAGUGUGGUGGUGAGCAUGAUGCGUGCAUCAUCUGUACACUUAUUAACGAAGAAGGAUAGACCAAGGUACAGAUAAGCGUACGAAUUCUCCGUCAAGGCUACGAGAUCGUCAUGUGAAGCGAAGGAGGGAGCCAUCGCGUCCAACGAAAUCGGUUCCGACCAGGAGCAAGCUAGAAUCCAGAUUUCAGCCUCUCAAUCAGUCAGAUCUGACCGGAGAUCAAGAUAGUGCGUCAGAUCCGUGACGGGGACCUUCCUCCGAUGAUUGUGUAGCUGCAGACCACACUUCUCCAAUCCUGCGGUGUCUCCGGUUGUCAUUGUGAAAGUCUUUCCGGCGGGAAAUGUCCGACGAGUAUUUUGUCGCCGAAGGUUCCCUCAAGUUGAAGGGGGAUUCCCACAAAAAGAAGAAGAAGAAGGAUAAGAAAGACAAGAAACACAAAUCAGAGGCGCACACUUCGCGAGCUGCAGACGAUGGCUCUGACGACGAGCGCGGGCAAGAACACCGCUUAGUGAAAGUUGAGAUGACGAAAGCUGAGAAAGCCUUCAAGAAAAUGCAGGAGAAGAAGCGACUAGAGAAGAUCAUGGAAAAGGCUUCGAAAAGUCACAGGCAGCGUGUUGAGGAGUUCAACGCUAAACUUGAUAAUCUCAGCGAACAUUACGAUAUUCCAAAAGUAUCUUGGACCAAAUAGACUCUUUUCGGGGCUGAGUUCUCGCAAAAACACUGUGUGCAUUGUAAAGUAAUAAAUGAGAAGGUGAACACCAUAACC